AUGGUCCGUCUAAAGAACCGCUACCUCCUCCUCGACAUCCUCUACCCAGACCCAUCAGCAAGACCUAAUAACACCAAAUCCGCCUCUCCACAAUUAUCCAUCCACUCUCCUACUCCAGACACCCUGACACCGGGCCUGUUGGCGAAGAUGGUGAGGGAGGAAGUAUCUGCUCUUUUCGGGGAUUGGGGGGUGGGCAAACUGGGCGGUGCGAACGCAGGGGGAAUCAAUGUAAAAUACCUCUCCCCCGCAACCUCAACCGCAAUCAUCCGCUGUCCGCGCGCUUCCUUCCGACUCGUCUGGACGGCCCUCACAUACAUGUCGCAUGUCCCAGAUCAAUACGAACAACCAGAUAAGCGAUCAGGCGGGAAACGGGCCUGCGUCUUUCGGGUGCUCCGGGUCUCCGGGACCAUGCGCAAGGCAGAGGAGGAGGCUAUCCGGCGCGCGAGAAGGGAGAUUGUGCGUGUUAGGGGGUUGGAGGAGAGAGAUGUUCUGGGCGAGCUUGUUGGUGGUGCAAUUGGGAAAGUCUCUGCUGGUCCUGUCGGGGUUGAUGUGGAUAUUAUGGACGAGAGUGAGGAUGGGAUGAUUGGUGAUGAUGAGGAUUGA